ACAACUAAGUUGGCAAACCCAGCAUAUACACCUGAAAUUAGUGCAAAGACUGCAGUAAUUGACUUUACCGUGACAAUGAAAGGGUUGGAAGAUCAGCUCCUUGGUCGUGUCAUUCUCACAGAAAAACAGGAGUUGGAAGCGGAGCGUGUCAAGUUAAUGGAAGAAGUAACUUCAAACAAGAGGAAAAUGAAGGAACUAGAAGAUAAUCUCUUGUUCCGUCUGACCAGCACCCAGGGUUCACUUGUAGAAGAUGAAUCUCUGAUUGAAGUCCUUAGGAUAACAAAAACCACAGCAGAGGAGGUCAGUGAAAAGCUGACAAUUGCAGCAGAAACUGAAGUGAAGAUUAAUACAGCUCGUGAGGAAUAUCGUCCUGUAGCUACGCGUGGCAGCAUCCUGUACUUCCUCAUUGUGGAAAUGAGUCUGGUGAAUGUCAUGUAUCAGACUUCCCUCCGUCAAUUCUUGGGCAUCUUUGACUUGUCAAUGGAGAGAUCUGUGAAAUCCCAGCUGACAGCUAAGAGAAUUGCAAACAUUAUUGAGUAUCUUACCUUCGAGGUGUUUAAGUAUACAGCUCGUGGCCUGUACGAAAACCACAAAUUUCUCUUCACAUUGCUAAUGGCCUUAAAGAUAGACCUGCAAGCUAAGAAAAUUUCCCAUAAUGAAUUUCAGACUCUCAUCAAAGGGGGUGCCACUUUAGAUCUAAAUUCUGUGGAGCCAAAGCCCAAAAAAUGGAUACUAGACAUGACAUGGCUCAACCUGGUCCAGCUGUCAAACUUGCCUCCCUUUAACAACCUCUUGGGGCAAGUGGCAAGAAAUGAGAAGGCAUGGAAAAUCUGGUUCGAUAAGGAAGCCCCUGAAGAAUCAUCAUUACCUGAUGGAUAUGAUAGUUUGUUGGAUGUUUUCAGAAAAUUGCUACUUAUUCGCAGCUGGUGCCCUGACCGAACCAUUGCUCAGGCCCGUCAUUAUAUAGCUGAAUCUCUAGGUGUAAAAUAUGCUGAGGGUUUCAUCCUUGACAUGGAGGCCAUGUGGGCUGAAAGUGAUUGCAGAACUCCCCUGAUCUGUUUCUUGUCAAUGGGAUCAGAUCCUACAGAGAACAUUGAGCGUCUAGCCAAGUCCAAGAACGCGCCUUGUCGUGCAAUCUCCAUGGGCCAGGGGCAAGAAGUUCAUGCCAGGCGCUUGCUAAGUCAGUCCAUGCAAGAUGGUGGAUGGUUACUUCUUCAGAACUGUCACUUGGGUCUUGAUUUUAUGGAUGAAUUAUUG